GCGAGUUCAGUUGGCGCCUGGUCCUCGACCAAGACGGACGUUUUGUGCGUGUCAUUGAGAAACGUCGUUUUCUUUUCUUUUCGUACUGAAAGGAGAAAUAAAAAAGGAACGUGUGGCGUGUUUUUUUUUUGUUGUUGUUGCUGUUGUUUCUAGUGUUGUGAAAUUCACUGCAUCUUAGUUGGGUGCGUGUGUGUGUGUUUUUUGCAAUUUCUUCUGUUUUUUUGUUGCUUUUUCGUUGGCAUUGGGACAUUUGACAAAUUCGCUAUCCCGCACACUGUACUGCACAACUGGACAACGUGGUAUCCGAGACUUGUUGGUUAAUGGUGUGGUUUCAUAAUCAAGUUGACGGUGACGGAUUUCAAUGCCGAGUAUAUUUUCGAAUCGCGACAUGAUGACAUCGGACAAAGAGUGAAAACGUACACAAUCAAGUCAACUGCUGCUGGUGGCAAACGCGAGAAGAAUGUUUAGCCGUGCUGUAGACCACCUCCUGCUGUUGCUGACCCUCCACGUGGCCGCAACCCUCUCCGAUUCUGGUCUAAAAGGCCCACCUCACAUUUCUGGUUCGUUGGCGCCGAGACAAACGUUUCGAUUGGGAGAGACCGUCAAAUUGGAUUGCCCCAUCCGAGGGACGCCGACGCCCAUCGUCGAGUGGUACAAGGAUGGAGACAGCGUGACGGCCGGCUGGGAACGUUUUAAAUCGACCAGCCACGGGCUGCGGAUCAAAGAAGCCAUUUUGGACGAUUCGGGCGAAUACACGUGCAAAGGUGUCAAUGGUUUCGGCUCGGAGCAGGUCACCUUUGAAAUCGUCAUUGUCGAUCCCAACGCAAAAGUGACAGAUCCACCGCCUUCGGACACCAUUUUCGGACCGGAGGACACGGAGACGGACCUGGUGACGUGGAGGAAAAUGGUGAGGCCCGGCUCGGGAUCGGCUCCUCACCUCAGCGAAACGAGUCAAAUGCCAGCCGGAAGAAUUUGGCAGCUUCCUGUCGAUUCAACUCUCCGACUCAAAUGCGUUGCUCAAGGAGAGCCGGAACCUCAUCUCAUUUGGCUCAAGGAUGGCAAGGAGAUUGGAGACGACCGUCGUAUUGGCCGCUGGGAGCUUCAAGUAUCGCGGCUGAAUGCGGACGACUCGGGGACGUAUUCGUGCCGGGCCGUCAACCCCUACGGAUCGAUCAACGCUUCGUUCGCCGUUCAAGUUCUCGAUCGGACGGUACGGAAGCCGGACUUUGUUGGUCUGUACCCGCAGAACGUGACCAUCAUGGAGGGUUCAACAGCGCGGCUUCAGUGCCGUGUCAUUAGCGACACUCCGCUCUUUCUGCAAUGGCUCAAGAGACUCGAUCGUCUUUCACCGUACGAGGCUCAUCGUCAAGCUGUUGCCGGAAUGGACUAUGCCCGACCCGAUCCAGAUGGCGUCCUUCAGUUCGAAGGGUGGAGGUAUCGAGUGUUACGAUCGAGUAAUCCGGCCUACCAGGCUGACGACGGCUCCUAUCUGGACAAACUGGCGCUGGAAAAUGUCCAUCCGGCUCACAGCGGCGUCUACAUUUGCAUAGCCACCAAUGAGGCCGGUUACCAAUACCGAGAGGCUAGCGUCAACGUCAUCUCAGGUUCUGGUCGGCCGUUGGGUGAUGUAUCGUCAUCGUCGUCGUCGGGAAUGGGCGUCGGCAGUGGCAGUGACACGGGCACCGGUGGGCUGCCGACAGUGGUCGUCAUCGCCUUGGUGGUAGGCGCCGGGGUCGUUUUGGUGCUCAUGUGCGGCAUCACCUACUACUUCAAAUCGGAGCGACGCAUUCGGGCCAGGAAGGAGGGCGUGGCCGGUGGUGUGGGACAUCAUCAACGUCAUCAUCCUCAUCAGCGGGAGAUCAAGGAUCUCAGCCUGACGGCUCCCUGUUUGCCCCGUGGCGGAGAUCAUCCGCCACCACCUCCCACGCAACCGCCCCAGCCGCCCGAAUCCGUACCGAUUCAUCAUCGAUACCAACCGCCACCGCCCAGCUGCAUGCCCUAUUCGACUCCAUUCAUGGGAACCAUUCAGUUGCAGCAGCAGGAGAUGAUGCGCCUUCAUCACGGGAUGAACAACGGUAGCGGCCGCCAGUCGGGAAUGAGGUCGUGUCAUUCGCCUUUGGUCGGCACGGCAACGUCGUCCAGUGGAACAGCUGGAAGCAGCAGCGGUGGACCGCUCUUUUUAGGCGGAGGCAACGGAGGCAAUUGGAGUCACGUGUACCGUCCGCCUCCUUGUGGAAGAUCGGGUGAUCAUAGCAACAGCUAUCCCUAUCAUCACGAAGCCACUCUUAUGAUGGUGCCACCACCGCCACCUUCCGAGUCGGAGCACGCGUACGCCUCUGUGCACGGCGUGAGUAAUUACGAAGAUGUGCGACCGGCAGCUGUUCCCGCCAGUAGUCUAAUCCGACAUCCUCACGAACUGCGCAAUAAUCGAUUCCAGAGGAUCGAAAUGGUCUAAAAAAAAAACAAAAAAACUAUAUACA